AAAAUAUAACAUGACACCGAAGUUGCAAAUUAGCAAUAACCAUGAAGCGGUUGGUGGCGUUAUCCGUCCUUGUAGCGUUGUGCGCUGGAAGCGCUAUUCCUGUAGUGCCAGGGGAUAACAGCCAUUAUGUCGAGGGCGAAAGCCGCUAUAUCUGGAUGCCUGAUGGCGAUGGAGUACCUCAUCUAGUAGACCUGCAGGAACCGGUUGAUGAAGCUUUCUUGCGCAACAGAAAUGGCGCCAACAAUCAGUACUGGCUCUACACCAGAUGGAAUCCCACCAACCCGCAAGUAAUUGUUCAUGGGAAUGCUAACACCAUUUGGUCUUCCAACUAUGUCGCCAGUCGCCAGCUGAAGGUUAUCGUCCACGGAUGGAACAGUAAUGGAAACAGUGCUAUCAACCCUCUAAUCAGAGAUGCUUUCUUGGCCGUUUCUGAUGCCAACGUCAUCGUUGUGGACUGGCGUGCUCUGGCCAACGGUCUCUACGCCACUGCCGCCGCUGGUGUUCCCAGUGUUGGACAGUUCCUGGGAAAUUUCUUGGUGUGGCUGAUCAAUACCGCUGGUGGAAACUGGAACAAUGUCCACCUGGUCGGAUUCAGUCUGGGAGCUCACGUCGUCGGCAACGCUGGCCGCACGGCAGGCGGGUGGCCCGUCCGAGUGACUGGCCUAGACCCUGCUGGUCCACUGUGGAGUGCAAACGGUAACGCCAUAAGUGGCAAUGCUGGCACCUACGUUGAAUGUAUUCACACUGACGGAGGUCUUCUCGGCAUCUUUAACCCUAGUGCUAACGCUGAUUUCUACCCCAACGGUGGCAGAAAUCCCCAGCCCGGCUGCUGGCUUAGCACCUGCUCCCACAGCCGUGCCUACGAGUUGUUCGCCUCCACUGUCCGUAACAACCAUCUGAACGGACGUCUAUGUGGCAACAUCAACCAAGCUCAAAAUAACCAGUGCACAGGAGGCACCUUACAAAUGGGCAACGGCAAUCUUGCAAAACGAGGAUGGAAUCCCACUACUCCACAAGUCAUCAUCCACGGCAACGCUGACUCCUUGUGGAAUUCGAACUACGUAGCCAGUCGACCUUUAAAAGUCAUCGUUCAUGGCUGGUACGGUAGCGGCAACUCUGGCGUGAACGGUCUCAUUACAUCUGCUUUCCUCGCCGUGGAAGAUGCCAACGUUAUUGUAGUGGACUGGCGCGCGCUUGCUAGCUCAAAUUACAUCACCGCUGUGCUGGGUGUUCCCAGCGUUGGGCAGGCGCUUGGCGACUUUGUAGGUUGGCUCAGAAUUACUGGAGGAGGAGUGUGGACAAACGUACACUUUGUUGGAUUUAGUUUAGGGGCUCAUAUUGUUGGUGUAGCUGGGCGCCAAGCGGGUGGACUACCUGCCAGAGUGACUGGGUUGGAUCCAGCUGGUCCUCUUUGGCAAACUAACCCUAAUGCUAUAAAUUCGAACUCUGGUGUUUAUGUAGAAGGCAUCCACACUGACGGCUAUAUUCUUGGCAUCUUCAACCCUAUUGGUGACGCUGACUUUUACCCCAACGGUGGCAGGAGCUUGCAGCCAGGAUGUAGCGAUAGCUCCUGUUCCCACGGACGAGCUCCUGACCUAUUUGCGUCUAGUGUUUACUUCAACCAUUUGGUUGGCCGGCUUUGCGAUAAUCUGAACCAGGCCCUAAACAAUCAGUGUACUGGUGCGCAGUUCAACAUGGGGAAUAGUGACGUAAAUAAACGAGGCUCGUGCGGUGAUACCAGCGAGAUGACCUCCGAGACCAACACCUACGAUGGUGACCAUGUCGGCCGAGUAGCCAAAGUUGACGAUGAGGAUGUUGAUGAUCUCUGCGAUCAUUUCUCCAGCCUGGGGCGCGUUGGCGAGGCCGAUGGUGUAGAGCAAAGAGGCGCGGCUCCAGUCGACGGCGAUGACGUUCACGUCCGCAGACGCAUUUCGUGUAUGGACACAAUGCUGAAACACGCUCCUAUCCUUCUCGUCUGCUUAUUUGGGUUAAGCGCCGCUUUGCCGUCGAAACCUAUCCUGAGGAAGUUGGACGAUCUCCGCUACCAGCAUGCACGGGAUUCAGCAGGAAACUACCACCUUGUGGACAUGUGGAUGACUCUCGAUGACAUUUUAGAUGUCGCUCGAUUCGAUCCUUUGGCAUCCAAUGUGUAUCAUCUAUUCACCAGGGAAAAUCCAUCAGUGAGUCAGCCAUUGCUGAUAAACAACGCGGCUCUGCUGCAACAGACUAACUUUAGCAACUCGCGGAGGACCAUCAUACUUAUUCAUGGCUGGAGGGAUGGUGGCGUUGCCUCAGCUUUCAUAACCAACCUUGUACCUGCUUUCCUCACCGCCGAGGACGUGAAUGUGAUCGUCGUGGACUGGAGCGCUGGUUCAGACAGCCUCAUCACAUCUGCCAUCGACAACGCGAUCUCGUCAGGUCGCGCUGUAGCUGCGUUCAUCAACUGGCUCAACCAGGAGACGUUCUCUAGCCCUGUGCAAUACCAUAUCGUUGGGCAUGGUAUCGGUGGGCACCAGGCUGGAGUCAUUGGGAGGACUUUGGGAGGAAAUGUUGCCUAUGUUACUGCUUUGGAUCCAUCUCUUGUCGGCUGGAUAAACCACCCCGACCGCUUCCAAGAAACUGAUGCUAUCUACACAGAAGUCAUCCACACUAACUGCGGCAUCAACGGUUACCUAUCCAGCUUAGCUCACGUGGACUUCUACCCAAACGGCGGCGAAUCCAUGCCUGGCUGCAACUCCCAUGCCUGCGACCACGAGAGAGCAAUACAUUACUUCGCAGAGUCCGUCGUCAGUGGAGGCUUCACUGGAAGACAAUGCAUCAACUACUUGGCUGCAGUUUUGCAACAGUGCAACCUGUUGCCUCUCCGUUUACAGAUGGGCGGUUUGAGGCCAAAAAUUGGUUCUACGGGUGUGUACCUGCUUGAAACGAAUGCUGCUCCCCCGUUCUCUCAAGGAUAAAAACAAAAAUAUGCGGGCAAUAA